AUGAACAAGCAGAAGCUGCAGCUUCGCAGCGAUCUGCAUGAGUUCUUAGAAAGCAAGCAACAAUCGAUUCGUCUGUCAACGGACUUGGAGAAAAAACGUUCGGGGUGUGUCGAUGUCCUGGAAGAAAUUGAAUUCUUCUUGGUGGCUUGGGCAGAGUUUGAAGAUUCUUCCGGUCUUCCUGACCAGCGGCUGAAGCAAACGUUAUCAUGGAUAGUCUCGGUACUGGGACCCGGAGAUCCGCAAUUGCGAGAUCAUUUGUGGGACACUUUGGUGGCCACUGGCGCCAGUACCUCGUGUCGAUUGGUGAUUCUGGACUUUCUCGCUGCUACAAUACCCCCGGGUACCAAUGAAGAUGAGAGAUUUGAACUCAUUAGAAUAUUGAAGCAAGUCUUUAACGACGAUUCUAACCUUGUUGGACCUGUGCUGAACUGUAUAGAUUCCAUCUAUGAGGCUGGUGGACUGGAGCACCGAGACAUCUUUCAAUUCGCCCUUGAUAUGCUUCCAAAGGAACAUGAAUCCCGAAUUCAUCUGAUUAUCAAUUUUCUGGUGAAGCACAUUUCAAACGGCAAAAAUGCCACAACGGUAGUGGAAUCCAUACGGGCAGAAAUGCAAGCAAUCGAAGAAACGGAAUCACCCGAGGCGUUUGUGUUUCCUACAUGCCAAUUAUUCUGUGAAUUGUGGAACGUCCAGCGUUCAAAAAGAUUCUUCGAUAUCUAUCUCGAUAUUUUAGGGGGAGGGAAUAUGGAUGGGGAAGACGACAACUCACAACGUGUUCUAGUUCUUGACAUGAUUGUUCUGUUACUUGCAGGCGGAGAAUCAACGUAUCACUCCAUCGUGGAAGGGAUUAUCGAUUCAAAUUUAAUGGAGAAGUAUUUUUCAUCCAAGCUACCGUGUUUUUUGUUGUCUGAUGGCAUCUGGAGAGAAGUCAGAACGCCGUUGCUGAUUGGAAGCUUAAUAUCUGCAUGUAUCACUACGCUGUCAUCUCCUUUCCGAACCAGAUCGAUGGAGAAUCUUGAAAGACACCUAGAUACAUCAAGGCGGUUCAUUUGUCAGGUAUUUAGAGCUCUCCGGGACAAUGGUAAAGCGUGCAAGAGAUUGGCCGUUUCUAUGAUCAAUUUGGCGAACGCGGCGAAAGAGACCAUCGACUCUGAGAGUGGCUUGUUUGAGAAAAAUGACGAAGCUGCAGAUGCGAUCUACUCUUGUAUCUUUGGAGCGCUGGAUACGGCUGUAUGGGAUGGCUCGGGAGCCAUGACAUCUACAAAAUCUUUCAUUAGGAAACACUUACUCAAAACCCUUUCAACUGGGCAGCACAACGAUGUGACGUUAGAGCAAGUCUGCGCUACUCUUUGUAACUUGGAGCCUAAAGAUGACAACAAGGUAGAAAAAAAGGUGCUCUUUCAGCUACUUCAAAGCCUGUUAUUUUCUUCGACUCCUUCGGUCAGCGAAAAGCAAACAAUUCAGAAAUGUCGUGCUGGAUUCCUUUUGGCGUCGUCGAUGAUUACGAACAUUGCAGCCUUGGACGAGAAAUCGAUUGCCGCUAUUUGGAAUAUUCUAAAAUCUGUGCUGUUGCCUCCAAGCACGAGGAUGGUCAACCCUACUAUUGGGUUGCAAGGACUGGAGGUAGCAAGAAAGCUUUGCGCCAGCACCAAGACGAGCCUAUCCUUGAAGAGACAGGUUUUUCACACAGUUACACAUAUGGUAUCCAAAACAAAGUUGAUUCAGUACGCUGCGAACUUCGAAGAGCGCCGUAGGCAAGAUGUAGCUCUCGCCUAUACGGAUCAGGAGGGGGUUUUGAAGUCACCGAGAAAGUCGACUAAUACUCGAAAAAUGGUAUUCUGCUUUGAUGCCCUCAUUCAGGACGAUGCCCUUCUCGACUCAUCGAACUGGAGAAGUGUCAUCGACUAUGUUCUAACUCUUAUUGAUACUUAUCUGGCGAUUGGUAGACAGCCCAAGGACUCGGCUCGGUCACAGUCAUGGACGCCAAAGCCAUGGAUUGAAGGUGCCAUCGAGCUAACGUUGCUAGAUAUGACAAAACUGAAAAUGCCAACAACGAAGAAAAGGGAGCUCCAAGACAUGUUGAAGAUAGAGAUGGGCAAAAGUUUUUCAAAUCUACACACCCCAUCUCGCAACAACAAUGAAAAAACGCUUCUUGGAGUGAUUCAAAGCAUCAAAACUGACGUUGACUUCCAGGAAAUCAUUCAUUCCAUGCUUCGAUUGACUCUAUCAUUGAUAAUAAGUCAAGCAAUAUUGGUUGCAGUGAUAAACAACACCUUUGGUCAGUAUGAAGGCUUUCUGAAUGACCACAAAAAUGGUGUUCCGAAAGAAGCAAGCGACGCACUUCGACUCAUUCACUUACAAUUGGCCAAGUCAUAUGAUCUAAGGAAAAGAUGUAAAACGAUUCAAAAGACAAUGAAAGCCAUGGUCUCAAGAAAAAGUGGGAAACGGAGUGGGCGCAAGCGUUUGAAGAUUUCCAGACUAUCAAACAAUGAAAUGGUUCGGGCAGAGAUGCUUUGGAAUGCUAUCACUGAUCCGAUUCACGACGCCAAAUUGAUCGAGCUUGUAGAUCCUGUGACGGAGAGUCGUUCCGUUCCUAGUGCAGCAGAGGACGAAAUGCCCUUGCUCCAUGUUGUGGAAAUGAGAUUGAAAAUUCUUGAUCAUCUGUUGCUUCAUUUUGGCCACUGGAAGGAGGUCAGUGGCAAGGGAUCGCAUAAAAAUAUAUUGAAAUUGAUCUUUGGUAAAGGUCGAUAUUCAAUGAUAACUCGAUGCCUUCGACUUGCUUCGCACCUGUCUCUUCGCCUUGCAGCUUUGGCUGAAGGAGAACGCAAAAUUGGAGACAGGGCACUGAACUCGGACAGUGCAAGCUUGGACGAAAAAUUGACCCAACUUACAGCAGCGUAUUUUAACCUGCUUUCGAGUGCGACAGCCCUACUUCUUGAGACCCAAAGGGAGCAAAUUGAUCCUCAAUUGAUGACCUCUUGGAAUCUGCUGGCAUUGUUCAGCUCAGCUCUCAGAAGCAAGUCGCAUCUUCGGGAGGAAAUUACGAUUGAUGAUGAUGGAACAAAACCGCCUUUCGAAUCAUUCCAGCGAUUGAUAUCUCCCUUUCGGUCGCAUCUCAGCAUCUGUCGUAAUGAUCUUGUUAGGUUCGAGCUUCUUGAGAUUCUAUCCGUCUUCUGUAUUGAACUGGGAGACGACGCUAUUACUGCGAUGGUUGACGUUAGCAGCGAUUUUUUGCACUCAACAGCGAAAACCUCAUCGGUUGGAAGCCAUCCGCCAUACUCCCUGCGUCUCGCCACGCAGCGAUUGCUUGCUUCGGUUGAUGACGAAGCUGGAGAAGAAAAGGAGUUGGUCCAAUCUCUUCUUGGUUUCGAAUCAAGAACUGGACUUCUCAAGUCGGCAAGUCGCGAUCCAUCCACAACUUUUGGUAUGCUCAGGCACUGGGGCAUACUUGCAGUAGGCUCUAGGCAGUCUGCUGAGCUUCAUAGGUAUUUGCAUCAUCUACUAUCCAAUGCGACUAUUUUUAUUGGAAAUGUUCCGGAUCUUUCUGUGAAUAAAAAAGAAACGGCUGAAGCAGAGGAAGCAGCCAGCGAAGAUGGCGAACAUAUGCCGUGCAAUGAACCCAGUAUCAAGACAGUGGAUCUGCUUGCGAAGUUGUCUAUUCCGGGAAUUUCUGCAGAUUCAUUUGUCGUGUAUUUUGAGUUGACGCUGCAAAUGAUCGUUGCGUCGACUUCAGUUUUCUCCUUGUCCAGUAAAUGGGAAGGUGACGACGAACAACACCCGUUUGAUCGGCUGACGAGACUCUUCGAUGUGUACGGAUCUUCUAUUAGCAUUUAUUUGCAGAAAUGCCACGCUUUCCCUACACAAACCCUCCAAGUGAUUGUGAAAUCAUCCAGAGAUAUUUUGAAGGCGGCGAUUAUAAAAUUGCGUUCCUGUAUGCGAUGGCGGAAUUUGCAACCAGUGGUAUUGGUCCAUGAAAUGGAUGAUGAAAAAGACGACGUUGCAUCUCCGCGACACUUGAAGCGUCUCCUCGAUUCGAUUGACAGCAAUGUAGUUGCACGGAUCCAAUCGAUGUGCAAGGAGCUACCCCGGCUGAAGACCUUCAAAGGCUACGGCUCCCUACAGAAAUUGAAAUCUCUCAGAGCGCAAGCAGAGCGAAUCCAAGCAGAACUCCAAACGACUUCCAGUGUUCUUCAUCUCUCUGAUUUACAAUAUGAUCAAAAGUCAGACGAAGUCCACGGUGCCAGCGUGAAAAGAGGCCGACAUACAGAUGGAGCCGUUGCCCACGAUAUUUGGCAAAACAAUCAUUCGCCAAGGAAAAAGCCGAGGACUGUGGUCAGCCUGCCGCCUGGAUUCAAUGAGGUGCAACGUGAUGGCAUUUCACUUUCUAGCGAACAAAGUCAAGACUCGUCGUACUCUUCAAAUGGGUCAAGAUCAUUUGGAGCGAGCGGCAACUGGGGAGAAGAAUCAGAAGAAAUGUCUGAAUCGGGCGACGAGAUAUUGUUGAAAUCUAAAUGGAUACAAGGGGAUGACGAAAGGGGGUUUCGAUGA